CUAAGCUGCAAUUGGGUUCCCCGGGAGGGAUUGUACGGUGCCGUACUACGAAGGAGCCCGAGUACGARUACGAGUACGACUACCAUACGGUACGGUUCGUAGCGCGCCAUCAGAUCACAAACCUCGAUCUUGUUUCCUGUCGACUGUCGACACAAUCUUUCAUUUCCCUUUACUGUACUGUACUGUAUCCAGGCGACGCUUGGUAAGUUUCCCGCAUGGAAGACAGUGCUCCACUCGGUCUGGCUUUCUUUCCCACACAAUUGCGCUAACCCCCRAGGUCUUCGUUUGUCUCUCGUCACGUUCCCCUUUUCUCCGUGCUCGCAUCCAGCUUGGAUUGAAAGACAGACAGAAAGUUUCCGUCGCAAGCACGCGAAACAAGACACACGACCAGAAAAUUGUUGCAGGUGUCUCGUACGAGGAAAGACCCAGCCGGUUUCUCGACCAAAAUCACCAGAGUUCGAGUUCGAAAUCUUCAAUCGACCAACCAUGAGCAGAAACCGAAACCGCAGUUCGCCGUCGUCGUCGUCUUCGUCGUCGUCGGUCUCGAUCCAGUCCCUUCUGGAGAAGACCGAGCACUACGACAAGGACGAACGCUACAUGGCCACGAGCGACCUGUGCGAGCUCCUGAAGCGUUCCAACAACAACAGCCGCGGCGGUUCCGUCGGCACGAGCAGCCACCAGCAGCAACCACCGGCCACGAAGAUCUUCGAUUCGACCACGGAGCGCCGCAUCUGCACGGCCGUGCUGCGGCUGCUGCACGACAAAUCCAACGACGUCCAGGCGGUGGCCGUCAAAACCCUGGGCGUCCUGCUCCAGACCGUGCCCCAGGAACUGGUGGUGGAGAUUGCCGACUCCCUGGCAGACCGGGUUCUCGAUGCCGACAAGUCCGACCUGCGAGACGUCUACGCAAUCGGAUUGCGAACCCUGAUCAAGACCAUUCCCCCCCAGAUGGGGGACAGAACCAGCGAGCGGCUGUCUGGGCGCCUCUUGGAAGGAAUCCGGACCAGCUCCGGCGAGGGCGGCCAGGAACAACACGAUGCCAGCGAGGACAUCAUCCUGUCCUGCCUGGACAUUCUCACGGACCUUUUGGAACGAUUCGGAGCCACCUCGAUCAGCGUCACCCGCAGGCACGAACCCAUCCUCCAGAUCUGUCUCCGGUUGCUGACGGCCAGCGAUGCUUCGGUCGUCGUUCGCAAGCGGGCCGGAAACGCGCUGGGCUGCCUGAGCGUCGUCUUGAGCGAUGCCCUCCUGGUAAGCGCGGUGGAGCGCCUGCUGAGCCAGAUCGAGGAGUCGGAAAGCAGCAGCAACGAAAACACRCGCGCCCUGAUACGGACCACCUGCACCAUUUCCAGGUGGGUCGGCGAUCGACUGCAACAGCCCCAGAUCGAUCGAAUCAUUCCGAUAUUUUUGAAAUUUACCAACCCCGAAAAGGCGUCGACCGGAGACGACGACGACGAGGACAACGGAAGCGAUGGAGAUGCCCCCAUGGACGACGACGAUAACUCCCUGGACAGCAGUGCAAACGACGAGGCUCUGGCCAUGGCCAAUGAACUGAGGGAAUCCUGCUUUAUGGGAUUCGAGUCCUUUGUGCAGAAGUGUCCGUCCCAAGUGGAACCCCACCUGGACAAGAUUGUCCAGGCAGCACUGGCGUACAUGAGCUACGACCCCAACUACUCGUACGGAGUCGARGAAGACGGAACCGGCAUGGACGACGGAGGCGAUGGCGAAGACUAUGGUGACGACGACUACGGUUACGACGACGAUGACGAGUACGGUGAGGAAGAGGACGAUUUCUACGACGACGACGAGGACGACGAAUCCUGGAAGGUUCGCAGAAGCGCCAUUCGGUCGUUGACGGCAGUUGUGGAAACGAAGCAAGACGAUCCGGGUUUCUUGUGGUCGCGUCCGUAUGUAGUCAGAAAAAAYAAGUCGGUCGACUGUGUGGCGUCGGCACUGGUGGUCCGCUUCAAGGAACGAGAGGAAAACUGCCGCGUGGGCAUCCUCGAAACAUUCACCAAGCUCUUGGAAGUGACUACCAAAAAAGUGGCGGGCGGUUCCUCCACCGCAUCGAACGGUGGCGGCGAGCAUUCGUCUGCCACCCUGCGGUUUGUGACUGCCRGAGACGACGAAGAAAUGAAGGACGGGGACGAUGCUGCCGUUGUGGUUGAUUUGCGCAACAACUACGCACCAAAGCUGGUCAAGGCCUGCGAAAAACUCCUGGGCGACAACAAAAAAAGCAAGGGAGUCGGGGAACGCUCCAAGAGCCAGGCCCUUGGUUUGCUGUCGACCUUGUGCAAGGCACCCGGAGGCGUGGGUGGUGAGACCGAGAUUAUUUCGAUCUUUGAGCACGUUCAGUCCAUGCUGGGAGGCGCGGAAGGCGACAACGACCACGGAGGCACCCCAAAUUCUAGCAAGGCACUCCGUCUGGAUGCUCUGAGCCUGGUGGUUGCCAUGCUGGAAUCCUCGAACCACGAUCCGACGUCCGUUCGAAAAGCCCUGUCGKUGGCCCUCCUCCCCCAGCUAUGCGCUUCGGUCCAGGAACAGUGGUACAAGGUCAUUUCCGAGGCCCUCCGUGCCCUUGCGGCAGUCCCCAAGUUCUUUGCCACUGCCGGGGACGAKGACCCGUCCGGYUUCACGGUUGCAAAUCUGCUGUACGGGAGUGUCGAACCGCUCCUGGCAGCCCACGAUGUUGACCAGGAAAUAAAGGAAUGUGCUCUCUUGGCAACCGGGAACCUUCUGAGCGAGCUCGCCGGGGGAGCCGAGGCGAAGAAGCAUCAGCUGACGCAGGAGCAGACCAACCGGCUGACCUCUCUCUUGUUGGAAAGACUCAAGAACGAAACGACACGCAUUCCCGCAAUCAAAACCCUGAGCGUGGUGUCCUCGUCGAAUCCCGGCCUGGUGUUCCAAGACGGRAUCCUUUCGGAAUCCAUUCGAACCAUGGCAGGGUUUUUGAAACUCGCGGCCCGAUCGCUGCRGCAGACGGCACUCGAGGCGCUGGACGUUGUGGUGAUCCACCACGGAAAGACCAUCGCCGACGAGACGGCUUUGUACGCCGAGCUCCUGAAAGAGCUGGCGGAUCUGGUGGUCGAUUCGGACCUGCACAUAAGUCAUUUGGCAUUGUAAGUAUAAUUUUAUGGAGCACCGAGAAAUGCCGCGACAACACCCGGUCUCGAUCAUUCACCCUGACAACUUGUUUCGUUGCUGUUUAUCCAAUUGGUGGAUUUUUACAGGCGAGUAUCUAUUUCGGCUCUCAAGGUUUGCCCCGCCUGUGGCAGCAGCGUCAGAGAAAACUUCCUUCCCAAAGUCUUGGUUCUGUCGACAUCUCCACUCCUGCAAGACCUUGCACUGGAUUCGCUUCUUGCCAGCCUGGAGCAAGUCGUGGUUUCGAAUGCCGUAGAAUUCACGGAGCUAUUGAGCAUGCUUCGCGACCGCUUGGGGCAGGCCUCGAAAAACAAGCACGCCAUCUACAACCUGGCGGAAUGCAUCGCCGUGAUUUCGAAGGCAAGUACUCCAGAAAACCUCAAGGCCGUGGUGCUCGAGUGCCUAGAAACCCUAGAAAAUUGUCCAAAAUCCACGGGCAACGAGGAAAUCAAUGCCGAACUCAAAAAGGUCCAACUGGCCUUAUUGAUAUCUGGAAACAUUGGCCGGAUGGUCGAUUUGGACUCUGUCGCGGCCGAUGUUCCGGGAAAACUCAACGCAAUCUAUAUGAGAUACUUCGAAUUCUCUUCGGAAGACCUGAAAAAUGCUUCGUCCUAUGCUCUUGGACAAGCCGCUGUCGGUACUCAAUCGGUAUUUUUGCCAGCCAUUGUCAACUCGCUAGAAGAGACAAACAACAGCGACAAGAAACAAUACUUACUUUUGUCGGCCCUCCGUGAUUUUAUCAAAUCGUCGUACCAAGAAUCGGGUGGAGAAGGCAUUGCCUCUAACCUUYCUGUCAUUAUGCCUCACCUCGAAACCCACGCCUCGGAUGAGAAAGAAGGUGUCCGGUCUAUGGUUGCCGAGUGCCUGGGCAGUUUGACAUGCAUUCAGACGACCGCCAUGUCUGAAAAACUCUGCAAGAUAGCGGAAGACCAUUCGGGCAUCGCGGUCUGCGAAAAUGGAACCGUGGAUCCUGCGGACGACACCUCGAAGAAAAAUGCGUUUGUAUGUUGCACGGUUGCCAUGUCGGUCAAACUCGCGGUCGCUGGAAARGCCGAUUCUUCGCAGCUAGCACCAUUCGUGCCACGGUUUUUGAAACUUCUCGACCACAAGGAAUUGGGGGUUCGAAACGCUACUUUGUUAAUGAUCUAUUCCACCGUUCACCACAUGCCGCAGCUCGUUGCGGGCGUCAUGAAGGAGCAGAUCAUGCCUACGUUGUACGAGGUGGCAACGUUUCAGCUGAAGCGAAAAAUCGACCUCGGGCCGUUUAGUCACACAGUCGACGAUGCCCUGCCUCUCCGAAAGGCAGUCCUUUCUAUAUUUGUGAGCUGCCUGGAGAACAUCCCUCGAAGCUUGGAUAUCACCGCAUUCAUGCCAGUCCUUGCCGCAACUUUGAAGGACGUAGAAGACAUUCAAUUGCAAGCUCACCAAAUUGUCAUCAAUAUGUGCGUCCGUCAGCCCACAUAUGUCGUAGGAGCGGUAGAGACCUUUGCGGAACCACUGGAGAAAACGCUAUUCAGAAAGCAGGGGACCAAGACCGGAACGGAGCUGGAACGUCUUAUCGAAUGGAAAAAAUCUUCUCUUCGGGCUAUGGUUGCCCUAUCCAGAGUCGAGGGAACAAUGAACAACCCCAAGUUUGCUGAGUUUGUAGAAAGGACCAAGAACAACGCGAAAUUUCAACCGGCCCUCCAAGCCAUUGAGGAGGACCUGUAAAGAGAGCGCUUGGACAAGGUAGUAUCGGAAAAGAACCAUGAUUAUCUUUCUUUUGGGCCAUUGACUUUAGUUCCUACAAAAGGCAUGCGUCACGGUACAAUUUUUUGUGCCAAAUAAACUAUAAGCGUCACC